AUGGCUCACUCAUUAACGUGGAAACUACUCGGUCCUGAGGAAACACACAAGUGUCUCGCAGCGCCAGAUGUUCCCUCAAUUCGCUCGGUACUAAAGGAAAUUGAUGAGGCUGGUGACGGACAGCUCAUCGGUGCGGCACACUACAACGAGGGGCAAAUUAUGAUUCUUCUUGACAUGCUCGCCCACCUUAUUCUUUUCUGUAAGUCACAUUGCAUGUCACCAGAGAAGGUCAGCACUCUCGUGGGAGUUGUUAUUAAACUUCAUAAGGACAGCAUGUCAGGUGGUUACACACGGGCUCAGUCGUAUCAUAAGAUGCAAGAUAUUAUGAUACAACACAGCGUUCCGCGUCCACCAUUUUCUUGCGCCAUCUUUACCGUACGGGACGCGCAGGAGAUUGAUGAAUACAUGCUGCAGUCAUAUUACCGUCACUAUAAGAUGUACGUUUAUGCAUUUGUGCCGCGACAGGUGGCGAGUGUCCGCUGCCUAGAUGUGAGUCACAUACAUGAAAUACCGCCAGUUGGCCUGCCAUCGCUAGUCACUGCCAUUGACGAAAGUGAGUGGCGGGACAAAGUGGAGGAGCAGCGGCGCAUUGCGGAGGCGCAGACAAUAGAGGAAGAGGAAACUGUAUCAGAUGCAUACGAGCAAGAGAGGAUGCGACUGCGGUUACUGAACGAUCCCCAUUAUAGUGACGGCAUCCGGGAGCAACUCGAGAGCAUCAAGAAGGAGGUGACAUCCAAGGCUGCUGACCGCCUGGAUGAGAUUGAGGUGAGGCUGCUGGAGAUUGAGAAGAAAGUGAUGGAAUUUACUGCUUCAGAUUCCAAAGAGGGAAAACGUAAGAAAUGA